GCGGGAGAGACAGCGCAGGGCCUCGCCGCAGUGCGCAGGUGCACAGUUGCCGCCCGGACCGCGGCGAAGGCAGGCAGUGUGCGCGGACAUGGAGCGGGGCUAGUGCGCGCGCGAGUGUGGAUCCACAGCAUGCGAGCAUCCUGGCCGGUGGUGCGUGGCCCCACGAGACCCUAGCGUGCUGGAUGCUACUCACCGUAUACACGUUACCACAGCUUGCCGUCUCAGCGAAGUUGCUGUGUCUCUUGAUGGUUGUGAUCUGCGGAGCUGUGCCCUCCAUGGUCCGGUCCGUGCGGCUCUACAACCAGUGCAGUUGCAGUACGGUGCGGGUCAACAAGAACGGCAGCGUGCUAGCCAGCGAAUCAAUACCGGAGAUGUUUGAGAACCUGACGAUACAGUCGCACGACUUCACGGUGAAGCUGACGAUAUUCGCGGAGGCGUCCAAGAGGUACCUGUGCUUCAACAAGAGGUGGCGCCUGGUCGGCCUGCCCAGCAACAGGGGCCCGCACUGCGAGUUCCGGGAGGACAUGGACACCAACGGCUACAACACGUACCGCUCGGUGGCGAACGAGGCGUACUUCGCGGGCUUCAACUCGCGGGGGCGGCCGCUGGGCAGGAAGAAGGCCGCCCGCGCCAACAGCACGUGCGUCAAGUUCCUGAAGAAGGACUCCGAGUUCGACAUCUCGCACCACAACCAGCAGGUGUCGGCGCUGGGGCGCGGCUACCGCAGGAAGCAGCAGGCGACGAGCAACAAGCACCCGCGGCGGCACCAGCACCACCGCGGCGGCGGCGGCCGCAGCAAGGCGCGCCGGCCCUCCUGACUGCGCCGGAACCACCUCGCUCCCCCUACUUACUGAGCCAGGCGUGUGCUCGCGAGCCCGGCAGUGCGCGCGGUCCGCGCGUAGCUAGCAUCUUGUAGAACCGCCUGUUAGGAAGCCGCCCGCACUUGGAUGAGCCGCUACGCAGCUUCCUCGUCAUGAACGCGUUCACGAUGCUCUGUGUGUCGAUGUAAUUAUUUUUAUUUUAUUAUUUUUUUGUUUCGUUUUUCCCCCCCAGCAACCUCCAUUCCGCGACGUGAGCAUUCCUGCGUGUAGCGUGUAGGACUCAGCUGGAGACACUCGUCGGCGGUUGCACGCCUCGGCGCGGCCCGUCAAGGCUUCCCGCCAACAGCCGAAGAAAAGCCGCGUCAAAGGAACGCCACUUCUCCAUUCUUUGCUUUUCAAGCUCGCGCUGCUUAUGACGGGGCUCGCCCUCCCACUGAUUUUUUGUCUACAGUCACUCUCCCAUCCCCCAUCCUUUUUUCUCCCCUCUGUUUUUUUUUUAUUUCUGUCCCGCCCAUCCCCGUCUCCCACCUUUACCUUUCCUAAACAUUUCUAUAUUUGCUGUUGGCCGGUCCGCGCGGCGGGGCGGCCCCGCAGUAACUCUCUCCCCUCGCCGUGGCAUUCCUGCCCCCCUCCACCAGCCAGGGGGGCCUGUGUGCCCUCGCCGCGCAUCGCUCGACUAUCGUGCUGCUACGCCAGGCACCGCCGAGUAACGGUCCGCCGUGGUCUCCCCCCCCCCCCUUUACACUCUUCACCCUGUAACAAACAACCCGCGUGCUUUCCUUCCACGCACAUCACCAUUUAUGUUGUCGAGUUGGCAGCAGUGUCUGUCGCCUAUAUAAGCUGGGUGCACAAUUGAAAGAAAAAAAAGUAACAUUAACAUUAGGUCGUGCGCACAAGCUACCUACUGAUUCACAAUAGUGUACAUGACGGUCGUGUGCAUGGAAGGUAAAUUUAUAUAUUUUAUUUCUGUUACGGACGCAUGAGAGUAUAGUAGAAAGCCACUUUGGCGAGACUAGAGAACUGUUUAUAUUUAUCAAUCAUAUUUUGCCAAGAAAUUGUCCAGAUAUUACAAUGCGCAGGUGUAAUUCCUGCUUUAAAAAUUAAUUAAUGCUGUUACUUAUUAGUCACUAGCAAAAAAAAAAGUGUCGAGGUUAGCUAACAAUUUUAUAUAACCCUUAUUUAUUUAUAUGUUGAAAUACUGUGCUUACAAAUUACUGGUCAGUAAUCAAGGGAUAAUCAUUUGGUAGUUAAUAUAGUUACUUACAAACACAGAUGGAUACAUCGCCAAAUUUCAUUGGCUAGAAUUAACAGUAAGAUUUCAAAUGUGAACCGACUUCGAACAGUCGUGCGCAUGGCCUGCUGUGCACUUGCUUAUGUUUUUUUUUAUUGUGAACCCAGCCUUACAGUUAUGUAUCGUACUUAAUGUUUUUAUAAGGGGUUAAUACAAAUGUGCACCCGUAAAUGUUAAUUAAUUUAUUUGAAUUUUGUAAUAUUAUUUAAUAAAAGUAUAAUGCAUAGUCUUGUAGAAAAUAGGGCACAGCCUCUCUAGCGAUAGCGAUACGUGCCACUUGACUGACACCUUCGAAAUCGAUUGCUCACGUUUUAUUGGAUUAUUCAACCGAAAACGUUAAGUGGACGGAAUAAACAUUGUCGUUAUGACAACACGUUUUCUCUUUAAAAGAAAACAGUCCACCGUGAGUGUCCUGAAUUCGAAUACAUUAACACGCGGUGACAUUGUCUCAUGUGGCAGAAAUUAAAGGGCUGCAUUAGAACUAGGGAGUUGUUUCUGUGAAAAAUAUAGUCUUUCGCCAAAUACGCAUACAUUCCAGUUAUAAAUCUUGGCAAUGUGUGAUUUUUGAUUCGCUUUUAACGGAAUGAAAUACGCGAUGUGUAUUUUUUUUUCUAACUGUCCCGUUCAUAUUACUUUACGAGAAAAAAGUCUGUGUCCUCCGAGAGUGCAUUCGUGGUUGUUUGAUGGGAGAAGCAAAUUUGACGCGUGGCAAGUUUUUGUUUGAACUAGAUUAGGCGACGAUAAUUAAUCGUUUCUGUUUCAGUACAGCCUUUCUGACGGACUUGAACGCCAUGUUCGCAGGUCGGUUUGUCUCUCAGAAGUUGGCGUGUAUCUGACUGUGUAACCACUUCUCCCGGGAGACCGUAACUUGUCACGUCUUUGUUUACGAGGCAUUCUCCGUCUCCACAACCAAGCGAAAUUGUACCAUUCCAUCUACUUUUUGAGGUCACUGAUGCUUCUCUUAGGUAGCCUACAGAUAGUUUUGUGAUUGUGCAUUUUAUAACGUGUCAACUCCAGCAUUUUACUGGAAUUACGUUUAAGUUUUUUUUAUGUUAGGUUAAACUGGAGUAACUCAACUGUCUGAAAUUUUACAUUUGUCAAGUCUCUUCUUUUAUCUGACAACAUUAAUCCCAAAUGUGUUUUAUAUAUAUUAACUUGUGUUUAUAACGUACCUGUUGCCAUAUUUCGCUUUAUAGCACUUUUCACCAAUUAUUUUAUAGAAUUUUUUUUGUAACACAGUUGAUAGUUUUGUGAUGUAGAAUUUCACGUCAAUGGAUGCAAUGCAAAUCUAUUUUGUCCCUAAUAAAUGGGUUUAUUUAUUUAUAUUUUUGUGUGUAUUGUCUUGAACUGGAGAGAAAGUAGUUUGUGAAUUAGGCAGGCUACGCCUUGUCAGAACGUGUUUCACUUGUCACGUUCUUAAUUUUGAGGGAAAAAAAACAAUGCUUGUUAUGUGUUUGUAGUGAGUUAGACCACUCUCGCUAGGUUGUCGAUCAUGUACCUGUCGCUGUAGUGAAACUGGUCCUCGCGCCGACAUAAAUAAAAAAGGUUUUGUAACUACCAGAAAGUAUUUUGUCAACAUGGCCUACACGCCACCAAAUAUUUUUGUAGUCUUAACAAAACAAUUUUGUCCCAAACAAGUCAUUUCGUGGACUCUACCAAAUUAUUUUGUAGUCACUAGAAAAUAUCUGGUGGGAUGUAUAUGGACAAAAUAUUUUUUGUAGUGUCCUCAAAACUUUUUAUUUUUAUUUUUUCAGUGUAUUGUCACCUGACUGCCUCUUAAACGCGCAUAUAGAGAGAAAAAUAGCCAUUACACAAUAGUGGUUCCAGAGGGGUCGGUGGGGGUUGAAAAUUAUUUGAGGUUGUAUUUAUGCUUACUUAAAUACUUAAAUUCACGAGUUAAAUUAUGAUUUCAUCAAAUUUUGUACGAAACAUUCAAUAUUUUGGUAUUUGAGACCAUGAAUUCCAAGUUCAGUCAGUGACUUAUUUAAUGUCUUGUUUUGCAACUGCGAUCUCUUCUUCGUACGAUGGCCCUUCCCGAAAAGAUUUCCUGGGACCGCCCUUGGGUUUUAGUGCAUUUUCUAGGGACCGCCCCCCCCCCUUUCCCCCCGCCUUUUUUUUUUUUUUUUUUUUGAGCUGCUGGCCUCGCAUGCUGUAUAGGUGCGCGGUCGCAUUCGUGUUUGAAAUAUAUAUAAAAAUAAAAAAAGCAAUCAUUCCCAAGAGCUCGACUGGUCACUCGCAACGCGAACCGCAGAAGACUGUCCGCCAGGCGAGCGCCGAGCGAGAAAUACGUGCAUGCCUUUGGUCGAGGCGCUUCAUCCAGUGCCGCGAGACACGCCUUUCCCGCGGGCAGGGGCGGUCUCUCGCGCUGGGGAAGCUGUCCACACGUUGGUUUCAUUUCACCUCAAAUAACGGAUGGAAUGUUCUGUGAGCACUUAGAGAUCUAUUCCAGCAUUAUUAAAAGUAGGAAAUUUUUGUGUAGCGGAAAAAAAAUUACCAUAUAAUUAUUGUAAAGUAAUGUUCGUAAGAUUUUUUAGGUACCUUAACCGGUUUCCUGUACAUUAUUAGUUCUUGAAGUCUUGUAUUAAUAUGAAUAUUAUUUUUUUUGUUGUUUAUUAUUGUAAACACUUUUAACAGCUUAAAAAAAAUAUUUUAUUUGCUUAACGACUUUUUUGAAUUUGGAAGUAAUUAUACUGUUUGUAUUAGGUACAUUUUAUGAUGGUUUGAAUGUGUUUACCUUUGUACAUUGUCUGAUUCGGUAGCAUGUGCUACUGUAAAUAUUUGUAUAUACAUAUACAUUUCGAAUACACUGCCUUAUUUAUUGACAUGAUAUUUUUUUUUUGUAUAAUGAAACAGAAGGAACAGGAGAACCGCU